CACGGACACCUGCCACCGCCGAGUGACUCGAUCCAGCGCGCCCCUGUCCCUUCCCCCACCACAGCACCUCGUCCAACCCUAGCCGCCACGGGCAGGAGACGGCGCAGAGCACCUCGUCCGACGGCGGCCGCCCUCCCCGCCGCCGCGAACCGUCAACCUCGUCCGUGAAUCGACCGCCGCAGCACGCAGGCGGCGUCGAUUCUCUGUCUCCCCCGACCACCUCUUCAGCCGCCGCCGCCCCUAAUCAGCAGGCGGAGAUGAAGCCAGUGGUGGGUAUCGUGGUGUCGAACAAGAUGCAGAAGUCGGUGGUGGUGGCGGUCGACCGCCUCUUCCACAACAAGGUGUACAACCGCUACGUCAAGCGCACCUCCAAGUUCAUGGCGCACGACGAGGCCGAGGGCUGCAACAUCGGCGACAGGGUUAGGCUGGAUCCUUCUAGGCCAUUGAGCAAAAACAAGCAUUGGAUUGUUGCCGGGGUUCUUCGAAGAGCUAAGAUGUAUGUUCCACCGCCACCUGCACCAAAAGCUUCUGCUGCUACAACUCAACAAAGUAGCAGCAAGUCAUCUGUUUGAUGAUCCUCAGAGGCAAACACAUACAUGUCUUUCAGAAUGUCUCUUCUUUACUGACUGACGGCAUGUCCAGAGAACCAUCUCAUUGAAUAAACAACGGCUGCUAUGAAAUGUUCUUUUUUGUGAUGGUCAUCAUGUUCAAUUUA